GACUCACCCCCCACCGAGCCCAGUCACUCUGCACCAGCGCCUCACUUCACCCGCACCUUGUCUCCCCCGCGAAGCAAGACCGCGUUAACUUUCGCUGAAAUCUAUAAAAAGGGAUAUAUUUUAUUCUCCCAGGUGGGCUCGAGGCGAGACUGUGGAUAAUUAUAAUGGCUGAAGGGGGGAGUGUUAAGGAAAAAACUAGUUUGCGGGAUUCAGAUUCAACAGAAAGAACUACUACUUGUAAUGUGUUCACCGACGUUGUCAGCGAGAAAAGUGCAAAAAGGGAAGAACACAUAUUAGAUCGUGGGAAAGCGCCUUUGCUUGAUAGGAAAUACACAUCACCAAGGCACACUCACGUCCAAGAGAAUGCAGCGGCAGGAAGGAACUGGCCUUCCCGUGGCGCGCGUGCGGUUUCGCUUAUAAACAUUAGUGAGUCUCCGCAAAUGUUUACAAUAGAACAAAAUUCGCAUGCGCUUUCCACGUCCUUGCCAAAUGGUUUAGACUUAAGAAUGCCGUUCCAGCAAUAUUCUGACUGGGUUCCUGAAGGGCCUCCUAACGCAGGGACUCAAGAGCACUCUGUCCUAAGCACCCAAAGACUUUCCGACCCAGACCCUCAAGGGCUUUCUCAAUUAAGUGCUCGAGAUCACUCUAACUCACACACUGAAGAGCAGUCUGCCCGCGCAUCACGCUCACCCGGUGACACUUCCGAACUACCCGGGAGUUCUUUGUCUUCGAGUGACAUGCAGCCGCACUCGCAUGACGGCCAUGCUCCGCCUCAUGAUCCUAACGAGGCGACACCUCACGACCAGCUCCCUCAGGAAGAGGAGGGCCGUCGCCUGAGUAUAAGCAGCCUCUUCCUCUCUCAAUUCGCAAAUAAGCGGAACAGGACUCCAAGCAUAUGUGUCCACCGCGCGUCCUUGCCGAGAGAGGGUCCUCCGUGCUACAGCUGCUCCACUUUCGACCUUCCGCCGAAGUACCACAAGGUCGACGAGCCGGGAUGGAAAAGGGCAAGAAGCAGAAUUUUACGCAUGUACCGCGGCUUGGUUUCCUUCGGCCAGCCGGAACAGCAGGCCGACCUGCCCCUUCCCCCAGAGGGCGAUUGGAAUACCCCCCCGUACACAAUCGCCCUUGGGAGCCGUCAAGAACCCUCUUCAUAUACAAAUAACAGUUCUGACGGCGGAGCGACUGCCGAGUAUCCCAGCGGAUCGCCCCAGUCCGCCGUGGCGAGCAGCGUUCUCGUGACCCAGACUCAUCGCCCGUCCAUGAGUGAUGUCCCGCCGCCCUAUUCACCGCCUACGCCUGCGUCACUCAUGGCAGGUCAGUCUCUGCCUCAGCUAACGGAAGAUCAGUUUUUUGCCAUGCGUCGACCGACGCCGGUCGAGAUGGACCAAGUAACUUUCAACUUUCAUCAAGGAUAUUGCAACAAAUCUUGCCACUGCAACUUCGUCUAUUCCCUCCUGCUGGCUAUCAUCACCUCCGUGAGUCUGCUGGGACCGGACCAGCCCCUCAUCAUCCUCAUAUCUGCUGUGUUCUUCCUCACCGUCUUCCUUUACAUGCCGAUCAUAUGGGCUCUGGAAUGCCUGCUGCACUGGAGGACGCACGGCAACUGCAGAGACAUGCGCAUGACGGGACUCGGGACGGUUUCGCCCGUUACCGUCCUGUAGGUUCACAGUAUUUCUCUUUUUUCUGUCUCUGUUUCUGUCUCUGUCUAUCUCGGUCUUGGUUUCAGUCUCGGUCUCGGUUUCAGUCUCGGUCUUGGUUUCAGUCUCGGUCUCUCUGU